GCAAGAAGGCGUGGAAGCGCCCGUUGGUUGCGGUUCGUUGCGGCUGCGGGCGUUAGCUUAGCGGUGUAGAGUGUGGUCUUUUGGUAUUGUUUCUUUACACCUUGUACUAUUUAUGGCGUAAAAAAUCAACAUUUCGGAGAUUUCUGCUACAGAACUGCAGGAAUUGCACUUUUCAAGACGUGCCGCAUGUGUAAUUUGGAGCUCCCCAUGACUCGCAUGCCCCAUAGCGUCGGAAGUGGUGAGAGACAACGGACAAUGAUGAACACUCACGCCUAGCAGACUGUGUUUUCUCUCCAGUAUACAUAUCUUUGUGCGAAUAAUUGACGCACGCAGAGCUCUUCCAUCGCACUUGCGAUGGAAGCAGUCGGCCAACGGGUAGUGAAUAUGACAGAGAUUUGUCGCCUGUGUCUCUCGGAGGAGGGGGUUGGGGUGCCCAUAUUUGGAGGGGAAGAUGAUGCGACACAGGGAGGGACUACUCUGUCGACUAGGAUUAUGACGUGCGCCUCACUCGAGGUUCAUGCAGGAGAUGGUCUACCUCCUCUCAUUUGUCUUCGUUGUCAGUACCAAGUCGACCAGGCUUAUAAAUUCAGAGUUCAGUGCCAGCGCUCAGACGCAACUCUACGCAGGCAUUUUAACCUGAAACCUCUAGACCCCAAUAGAAGGGGGCACCAUUCACAUUUAACAAACCACCAAGGGUUACCACUUAAUCAACAUCCCCAUCCCCCUAGUCUGCAUCAUCAGCAUCAUUUGCAGCAACAACUACAAGCAUCUAUUUCUUCUCAAAACCAGCGGUCACGGGGAAAACGGACGCCAUCUGUCCGAGCAAACCUACCAGUCAGAGUGGAAAUGUUGAAUGUAGAACCAGAACACGGCAACAGGGUUGCUCCCCGCGAGAUGGUGGCUGAGGAAACAAGUUCUUCAUCUCAUUUGUCACCUGGCACAGAACAUCCUGUGCAUGCUAAAGACCAUCAUGUUGCAAAUUUUUUGGCAAAGAGGACUACCUGGUCAGAGUCUCACCCAGAGCCAGAGGUUGUACCUACUGCGGGUGCCGCUGUGGCAUACCAGCAGCAAGUCAACCUCGUAAGUAUGAAGCAGGAGGCUACUGAGGCAGAUGGCAACGAUGAAGAUCAUGCUUCUAAAAACAAGCAGUUCAACCAAAGUCAGCCAUCAGGUUCAAGAGAGGAGCAUCUUCUCAAUGAACUUAACAGUCUUGGUGCAACUGCCUUGCCAAAGUCUCCCAAUCAUUGCUUAGCGACUGCUAUGUAUAAUCUUAAAGCUUUGACUGGAGAACAUCCCUUCUCCUGUGAUGUAUGUGGUCGCUCAUUUGUUCAGAACCAUAGUCUUACAAGACACAUGCGCACUCAUACAGGCGAGCGCCCAUAUCCAUGCUCCACUUGUGGAAAGGCUUUCAUCCAGAAUCACAGUCUGACUAGACAUAUGCGCACACACACUGGUGAAAGACCUUUUUCAUGCACCACGUGUGGGCGUGGCUUUGCUGAGCACCACAAGUUGAAGAGUCAUGUUAAAGUUCAUACUGGAGAGCGUCCUUACUCCUGUGAGACCUGUGGUAAGACUUUCAUAGAACGUCAUACCCUGCUUGACCACAUGAAGCUCCACACAGGAGAGAGGAAUUAUUCUUGUGCGAUUUGUGGCAAAUCAUUUAUGGAACGCCACAAACUGAAGAGACAUCUUCGUUCUCAUACUGGAGAGCGACCCUAUUCUUGCGGAACCUGUGGCAAGUCCUUUGUUCAAAGUCAUAAUUUGACUCAGCACAUGCGAAUACAUACAGGUGAGCAACCAUACCCUUGUACAACCUGUGGUAAAAUGUUUGGUGAACGCCACAAGUUAGAGAGGCAUCUACGAUCUCAUGCUAAGAAUGGUCCUUAUGCUUGCCCUCAAUGUGGUAAACGCUUUGUUCAGAGUCAUCGUCUCGCAAGACACGUGAGACUACAUACUACUGAAGCGCAGGGUAACCUCAACCAUAACCAUCAACAAGGACCUCCCAAUGUGCAACCACCACAGCAGCCCACGUCCACGAACUCACAGCAACCGCCUCAAGAGAGAGUGCUCCCUCCUCCUCCUCAUCCGCAUCCGCAGCAGCAACAGGAAGGGCACCACUCUCCUCCACCCCAUCAACCAGUCGUUCAAUUAUUACACCAUCCCCUUGUCCUACCAAUACCACUCCCAGUUCGGUCACAUUUUAUGAAAGAUAUGACUUGACCUGAGGAUUAUUGUGAAGCAUUUCUCUAUACAUAGUAUGUAUGAUAAUAUUUAUAAUUCUGUCUAGUAGAAUUUUUCAAUUUUUUCUUACCAAUAUUAUCUUAUUAUCAGUCAUAAGCUUGUGAUCUGAGUUGAAUUCAAAUCAAUUUCUAUUAUUCAAACUUUCAAGUAAUCUAUUUUAAUUUCAACAGAAUCUUAAGAUUGUGGAGAGUAGCAGAUGAGAGCAAAAUGCCUGUUGUUGAAUGUUGGCCCCCCACUGCAUACAUAACUUGAGUUACAAUGCUUUUAGUGGUACGUCUCCAGCAUGUCACUUAAUUUGAAUCUUUGGUUCCACUUACAUUUAUGUUGUGUUGGAAGCACAAUCCUCAUCCUUACAUAUCCCUAUAUAUCUGUACUUACCAAAUUUUUACUCUACCUAUUUUGUUACUCAUUUUCAUCAUCUUGCUGGGUUAUUAGAAUUCCUGAGCUCUUGUGAACUUAUGGUUAUUUCUAUUCAAGAUUAAUUCACGCAUUGAAGGAUAAACACAUGAAUGAAUGUGAUGACUUUGUAUCUAGAUUUAUUUAAAACUUGAAAUGGGAGCCAUUUUGUGAUCUUAACAUGCAGCAGGAGUCAUUUUGCCCUUGUUAUCUAGUCUUGAAAUGAUGAUAGAAUCGCGCAGGCUUUAUGUUCUAAUAUUUUAUGUUUUUGUUUCUUUGCACACAGUUUGUUGUUUUGCUCCCACACUUCCGUCCAAUAAUACCUAUUUCUUUUGGAGUGAUUAUCUCUCCACUUCAUUACCUUCUCUCUAUUGUUAUAAGGUUUGAGUUUUGUGGUAUGAGAAAUGAAGACUAGGAUUUUGAACUUGUUGGUUCCAAUGUUCUGAAUUUGGGGUUUUCCUCCAUGCACUGAAGUGCUGUUAAAGGAUUAAGGUACUUUAUUUAAUUUUAAGUUUUUGAUGUACAGUGUUCUAUUUCAUGUUUUGUAUAUUUGCAAGUUUUUGAAAAGAAAACUAUGGUAGUUAAUCAUAUACUUAACAUAAUGCAGAGUACAAAAGAGAGUUAACUAUGAAUUUGUGGAUAAGGUGCCUUACACAGUCAGUAUUUGUGUGAAUAAGUUUGUUCCCAGAGAAGCUUUACUUCACAUACGGUGAUAAUACCAUGCAGAAAAUUUGUUGUCUGUGUAUUUUGUCUUCUGAUCUGAUUGAUGUAUGGUCAUAGCAUUUCUACUGUAACAAAAAAGGUAUUACGCAAAGUUCUCUCUCUCUCUUUCUCUCUCUUUCUUUCUGUUGAGAAACGCAAAACACUGUGAAGAUAAAUUUCAGGGUUGAUCUAGAAUUAAGUGCAAUAAAUUCAUAUGUAUUCUACCUUUAGAAUAAACAUAUACCUAAAGAUUUCAUAGGAAUUAUAUAUCUAUUUCUGCCUUUAUUGAUCCAAAGAGAUAAAAUUCCUCUUCAUAAGCUACUUUGAAUGUUUAGACUGUUAAUGUUAAAAUUGAAUUUUUGUUGUGCUGUGUUAAAGAUUUCAAAAAUAUUUCUUCAGGUUUGUUUUAUGGCUCCAGAGCUGUUAGAUUCGUUUUAUAUUCAUCCACAGAGAAGUUUAUUUAAUUUUAUGAUUGGUUUUUCUGUACAUUUCUUUUUUUGCAAAUGAAAAGUGUUAUCUUCAAUGGGAAUAUUUUUUUUUCAUUGCUGCUUAUUAUGCAAAGGUUUCCUUUUCUCUUUGUAUUUGUAUUUUGAUACUGACUUUUCCUUUUGUUGGUGUUAAAACUUGGUGUUGAGCAUGCAUUUUCUGGCUGUUUUAACAGAUGUACUUGAUGGUUGAUACAGAUACAUUUUAGAGGUUUCUCAUUAAACAGAACACCUGGCACAAUAGAAUGACAUCUAUUUGUUAUCAUUGAAGUUGUUACUCAUCAUUUCACUAUAAAAAGACUUAUAACCAUUCCAACACAAUGGUUUUUUUUUUAGAAACCGCAAUCCAGAUUCAGACUGCAGUUGAGUCUCUUGAUGCCAUUGAGUGGUUCAGUGACUGAUCAUUUACUUAUUAUAUAUUACGUUUAAUUCUUCAGCCAAUGCUUUCUUUUCGCCUCUAAAGAAAGUAAAUUGAUACAUGUCUCAAUUUAAUUUAUUUCAAAACUUUUUCUCUGAUGAUUCUUUCACUGAAAGUUGCGAUUAGAUUUUAUAUAUAAGUAUUUUUUGUUUCUUUUAAAUCUAUUAAGACUGCAUGGUUGCAUCAAAUUUUGCACAUCAUCAGUAAGAGUCACUUUGCACUGCUUAUUGCAUCAUGGUAGCAGGAUACUAUUUACAAUGAAAGUCUUAGAGGAUAUUUUAAUUUAAGUUUUUGGUCUGUUGUGCUUUAAUUAGCUUUGAGAACCCUUGUAGUGUCUGGAAAAUCAGUUUAACGAAGGGACAUUAGCACAAAAUAUCUUGUCACUUUUCAUGGUGGUCUUUUAAACACAUGAGUGAAACAGAUUUUACAAGAUCAUGAUUAACAGGUUUAAUGAAAAAACAACCUAUCCCGUUUUUCCACAUUUAUACUCAUUAGUUUUUGCCAAGUUUUUUUUUUUUUUAAUACCAGAAUUUUUUAAAAUUUGUCUGACAGAAAUGCCUAGAGAGAAUAAAUGUAUGCAAUCAAUCACUUUAA